UGAUCGAUGCACGAUCAUCUAGACAUAUACGGUACCGUAUGCCUUUUGCACACAUUAUUCUUGAUCAUUAAGAAUAAUGCUUGAGGAAUAUCUGCGCCUACAUGUAGCUUUCGUUUUUUCAAUUUGAGGUUUACAUAUUUGUGUGUCAGUGGCUGUAGGGAUAAGCCUAACCGUAUUAAUAACUUCAGAAGCAGUCUAUCUUGUUAUAGGCCAUACCGCAACUGGUAUAAUUUGAUGAUUGAAAAGAGUCAGCAGAGCGAGACGAAAUGGGAGAAGGAACGGGUACGGGGAUUGACGCUGCACAUAUCGAUGCCGAUGGUCGGAGUGGAGGCAGCGCCCGAGAUCCGGGUAGCAACAUGGCGUACCAUACGAUGAAUGCGGAGAAUGUGGUUGAUGAAGAGGAAAAUUCGAAAGGCAAGAUGAUGUUGGUGGAAUCAACGGCUACUUUGGAGACCGUGGUAUUCGAUGAUGAUUCGGUGACGUAUACAAAACUAAACGAUGGUGCAGUAUGUGACAAUAACGAAAUUAAACCAAUGAUGACAUCAAAGGGUGAUGUAAUAAAAGUAGCUCCGAAUCCGAUAAAAACUCGUAACAUUAGUACAUCGUCUGCCAGUUAUACCCGGCUGUACAAGCGACGAUGGCUGAUGUUAGGGCUCUUUUGCCUUGUCUCAAUGAGCAAUGCCUUCCAGUGGAUCCAAUAUUCUGUGAUAGGAAACGUUCUUGUGGAUUUCUAUGAUGUUGAAUAUAUAUCUGUAGACUGGCUUUCUAUGAUCUACAUGCUUGUCUACAUCCCUCUUAUUUUCCCAGUGACGUGGUUGCUUGAAAGGGCAGGACUGAAAGUAGUUGGUAUUUUGGGGGCGAGUCUCAAUUGUGCUGGGUCAUGGUUUCGAUAUGCUGGAGCAGUGCCCAAUCUCUUUCCAUUAGCGUUUGCUGGACAGACAUUGUGCGCCAUUGGGCAAGUUUUUAUUCUUGGCAUGCCAGCCCAUGUAGCAGCGACAUGGUUCGGUCCAAAAGAAGUUUCCACAGCAUGUGCCCUUGGAGUAUUUGGCAAUCAGCUUGGUGUUGCCCUUGGUUUUGUUCUUCCACCUCUCCUUGUCCCUCCUGAUGGAAACGUUCAAAAGAAUAUGCACAAUAUGUUUGUGGGAACAGCUGCCAUCACCACCGCAUUGCUCAUCCUUAUUCUUGCAGUUUACCAGGACAAGCCUCCCAUGCCUCCUAGCAAGGCCAAGUAUGAUUCCCAGAAAUCUACAGAGGGUAGAUCCUACAAAGAAUCCAUCAUCUCUCUCUUUAAGAAUGUGCCUUUUUUACUGCUCCUCAUCACAUAUGGUAUCAAUGUUGGUUCUUUCUAUGCUAUUUCAACACUUCUGAACCAGGUUAUCUUGUCAGAGUUUCCAGGUGCUGAGGUGAUGGUAGGAGUAAUUGGUCUCACACUAGUGCUGGCUGGAAUGGUGGGCUCUGUUGUAACUGGCUUCUGGUUGGACAAGACACGUUCCUACAGAGGAACAACAGUGGCUGUAUAUGUUCUAUCUCUGGUUGGCAUGGUUUGUUUCACAUUCACACUCAAACUAGGUGAAAUCUGGGUGGUCUUUGGAAUCACCGCUCUUCUUGGCUUCUUUAUGACUGGGUAUCUCCCACUUGGUUUUGAGUUUGCUGCUGAGCUAACAUUCCCGGAACCUGAAGGAACCUCUUCUGGACUGUUAAAUGCAUCUGCUCAGACUUUUGGUAUCAUCUUCACACUGGUGAUGGGAGUGCUGGUCAAUGAAGUCAAUUCCUUGUCCGGCAAUUUAUUCCUCUGUGUAUCCCUACUGGUUGGAACUAUUAUGACAGCUUUCAUCAAGUCAGACCUAAGGAGACAAAGUGCUGAAAGACAAGAGUUUGAAGGGGUGGAGGAGGAAUCAGACAAUACAGAGGGUGCUGCCCUUCGACCUAAUCGUAUAAGCAGCGUGCGAUUUGAAGGUAUCAAUGACGAAGAUGAUGCAGGGUUGACGGAAGAAACACCUUAAAGAUUUCCCUGUCAUCGCCAGGUUCUGAUAUACACUCAGAAUCACAAAGUAGAUACAAGAUGUAUUACAGCAUUAAUGAGUCCCAAUUCAUAUAGGCUCUGUCCGUUUUUGUAAGUAAUGAUUGCAUACAGGGAAAGUAUAACAGAAGAUGAUUUGAGUCGGUGAGAGUAUUUGGCUUUGUAGAAAGUCUUUCAUGUUCUGAUGGACUUACUGAAGUGAAUCAGUUGAGAAAAAUCUUCAGAAUUUGUAAAGGAACAUGUAUCCUUGUAGAUUUCCUGGUGAUGCUAUGAUAAUUUUUUAUGUAAUAAUGAUAAGAAAAGAUGUAGGACAAAGAUGAGAUAAACUAAUAUCUAGCCUGUGUGAGCUUAGCUAUUAUGUCACUCCCCAGAGAGCUCCCCAUUGAUCUCAAUGCAGUUCAAUGUAAAAUGUGAAGGCAAAAGUGAGUACGCCUUUAACAACAAAAACGUUUUAAUUCCAAUGUAACCGUUUACAAAGUGCAAGACUUGGAACUGUAACCCAUAAAGGUUACAUUUUUAGGUUAAAAAUGUAUGAAAAUAGUAUACCCCAUAAGAAUAUUUGUGAAAAGAGUGGCAGCAAAAUGGAGAUCAUCCCUUUACUGUAUCACAUUUAAAUAUAUGUCAAAUUUGAAUUAUAUUGGCUUUGCCCUGACCUUUUUUAAAUGAGGGAAAAGAAAUUAAGGAAAUAUAAAUCUUGAUAAAUCAUAACAAGAAUUGUCUUUGUUGUUGGUAAAGAUUAAAUCUUAAUUUAUAAUUGUAGUAAUUGCUUUUAUUAUGGAAAAAUAUAACUUUAAAAAUAAAAAAUC